GAGUGUGUACAUGAGUAUGUGUGUGGUUAACGCUUACUUCCGCGAUGUUUCUAUAAGUUUAACGCGGUGAGUUGUGUGCGAAUGAACUGUCUACUCUCACUCGAACAGGGAAGUGACGCUGUCUCCUUAAGCUUAACGCCAGUCUCCGUGUUUCUGCUGGACCGGACAGACCUCUCCUCAUCACUUACUACCAGGGAUGUCUACAUCUGUCACCUGCUGGACUUGGGAAGUGUUUUUGCGCACAUGCUGAACACGAGACAAAGACUUGUGUCAGCUUCGACAUUGACAUGAGAAUGGACGCGGGUCUAAAGAACACGUGACCAAGCACACAAAGCAGCGACGACGCGCUACAGUUGUACACAGGAUGCACGUAUACAUUCAACUAAUUCAGGGGUUGAGCGUUGCAUUAGGGGUAGUGUCGGUGACGUCAAGUGGCGUUUGUGCUCGGUACGACGUCAAUGGUUGCAGCACACCGCUCCGGCUCCCGUUCUUCUUCAAGACGACGUUCACGCCAGCCUGUAAUCGCCACGACAUGUGUUAUAGAUGUGGGUACAGAUACAAAAUAACCAGGUACAUAUGCGACCAAGUGUUUCACGGACACAUGUACCGAACUUGUAGCGACAUGAGUUGGCUCAAGAGAAAACUGUGUCAAGCUUUCGCUAUGCUGUAUUAUAAAGCCGUCAAACGGUUCGGCUUAAAGCGGUAUCGUGAGCCAUCCAGCUGGUACUGCCAUCACCCAUGGGUUCCAAAGUGUCUGCCUUUCAUCCGGACUUAAAGAUGUGGUUCCAAAGUGUAUGCCUUUCAUCCGUACUUAACACGUGGUUCCCAAGUGUCUGCCUUUCAUCCGGACUUAACAUGUAGUUACCAAGUGUCUGCCUUUCAUCCGGACU